AUGAACUUUGAAGACCUUCUUUCAGAAAUUGAUGGCUUUGGAAGGUUCCAGAAGAUGGUUGUUUGCAUCAGCUUUUUGGGACGUUUGACUUUACCGUUUCACUUCUUGAUAAACAACUUCAUAGCCAGUAUCCCACCCCACCACUGUGACAUCAGCGAUCUGGAUGCUGCGGGUGUCUUUGGGAAUCUGUCGGUGGAGGAGAGACGGACGGUCAGUAUCCCGCUGCAGGCGGAUGGGACGCUGUCUUCCUGCCUCAUGUUCCCAGAGCCCCAGUUCUACCUGCUGCUCAACACCUCCAGCAGCACCGGACUUCCUGCAGAACCGUGUCAGAAUGGAUGGGUGUACGACAACAGCACAUCCAUAAACACACUGGCUACUGAGUUUGAUUUAGUGUGUGAGAAGAAAGGACUGAAUGAAAUCACUACCACCGUCUUCUUUGUGGGGGUCAUGUUUGGAGCCAUGACCUUUGGUGGUCUGAGUGACAGGUAUGGACGCAGGAUAACGCUUCUGGUGUCGUACGUGUCGGGGAUGAGCUUUGCGCUGAUCAGCGUUUUCUCCACCUCCUACGCCAUGUUCGCUGUGCUCAGGCUCCUGAGUGGCUUCUGCCUAACGGGCAUCGUCAUUGUCACCUCCGUGCUCAUUGUGGAAUGGGUGGACAUUGAGAACAGAAAGCUGGUGGGAGUGAUUGACAGCAUGUCAUGGACAUUUGGAUAUAUGGUGCUCCUCUGCUUCAUCAGAGAUUGGAGGAUGAUCGUGACAGCCACAUCACCAGUGGCCUUAUCCAUAAUAUUAUGGAGAUGGGUUCCAGAAUCAGCUAGAUGGUUGAUAGCCAAUGGGCGGCUGGAUGAAGCUCAUCACUACCUAAAGAAGUGUGAAAAGAUAAACCGCCGGCUGGGAACCGUCUCCUCCAUCAAACCAGAUAGUCUCUCUAACGUUGGGGUGGCCAAUCGUGUGGGCAGAAAAUACUCCUAUCUAGAUCUGAUGAGAACUCCCAAGAUGAGGAAACUGGCACUAUGUACAGGUCUCACCUGGUACGGAGUUGCCUCUACUUAUUAUGGCAUCAGUUUUAACAUUACAGGGUUUGGAGUGAAUAUUUACCUCACACAGUUUAUAUACGCUGCUAUUGAGAUCCUGGCUAAAGUGGUUGUGUUCUUCCUUCUGGACAAGAUUGGGCGCCGUAAGACAGAAUGUGGAGCUCUCUUCCUGGCUGGGUUAUGUCUUGCCAUCACUGUGGUCAUCCCCAGAGAACAGCGGACGGUGAGAACAGUAGUAGCGGUGCUCGGUAAGGGGUGUUCGGCGGCCUCUUUUGACACCCUUGUUCUGUACAGCUCGGAGCUCUACCCAACCGUGAUCAGGCAGAAUGGCAUGGGCUAUAACUCCUUCAUGGGUCGUGUGGGGGUGGCGAUGGCCCCCCUGAUCCUGCUGUUGGAUGACGUGUGGUUGGGCCUCCCACAGCUCAUCCUGUCCUGCAUUGCAGUGGGGUCCAGUUUGGUGGCCAGCCGACUGCCUGAAACCCGGGACCAAUGCUUGCCUGAGACCAUUGAAGACAUUGAGGGAACAGGGUACCUCCUAACAUCACAAGUGGAAUUCCCGCUCCUCUCUGAAGAAAACGAAGACGGACUGAAUCUGAAUGAUGAAAACGAAGAUCCGCUCUAA